CGGGUCGCUCAUCCCGUCCCAUACAGCGCUUCUUCCAUUCGCGCUACAAUGACAAGACCAUCAUCCCGAGUACCAGCCAACAGGCCGAUGACACGGAGCAUCACGGCACUCACCCUCAGGCGCUCCACAAGGCUUAGCGGGGUGCAAGUAAUUCACGCGCAUACAACUCUGCCACACCAGCUCAUCACACGAAAAUCAAACAAAUCCGUAACAAAAAUAUGCAGAGAUGCAGAGCCUCCACGCCAGUUCAAACAUGGAACACCGCGCGCGCAGGGGACUGCGAUACAGGAUGUUGGCGAAGCUAUCGGUUGUCCAUCCCCUUCCGGUCCCCAUAGUACUUCUACUUCGCCUUUAUCUGACAAUGUUUCCGCCCGAGAGACGGAAUUAAUCCUAAAGGAGAAGGACUUCCGAUCCAAAUCUCGAAAACUCGAAAAACAACUUGCCACUGUAUCUCGCAAGGAGAGAGAAGCCGCUGCCUUGCUCGAAGAAUGCAAACAACGGCUGGAGAGAACCACCAUACGGCACCUUGAAGACUACUUUACGUGUCCAUUGUGUUUCGAGAUCAUGGCGUGCCCAUAUAGUUUGAACCCACGACAGUGCGGGCAUACCUUUUGCGCCACUUGCAUUCUCAAAUGGUUCUUCUCCCGAUUGCAUCGCGUGUGUGGCAGCUGGCAUCAACCCGUGGACUGUCCCAUGUGUAGGAGUGCAUUAUUGUACACUCCAGAUAACGUUCCCCGUCCAGAAUCCUCCUUCCCUUUCAUACCAAACAGAACAGCUGAUAACGCGAUUCGUGGCAUGAUCAACACUCUCGCAAAGCAGGCUGACUCUGGAAACGUUUCUGCCUCUAGCUCACUUGCUGACUGGGGAGAAGAUGGUCACGCAAGGCAAGAAUGGUCAAGAAAAGAAAGAAGUGGACGCCAUGAGAUGACGUCUCUCGCUACGUCGUGGAUAAACAUGCACGGGGACGAAUUUAUUACCAUCAAAAACAGACUUGAAGUAUGAAAUGACUCGGUGAGGUUCACGAUAAGACAGACUGAUGCGGAAUGGAGCGAAAGUUUCGAG